GCUUAACAAACCCGCAUUUAUUCCGAGCUCCUGAAUGUGUCCGGCAGUACCAUAGCGCCUCCUCCCAACGCACACCUGACCUUCUGCUGCAGAGGCCGGGGGAAUAAAACAAUUACCUGCAGCUAGGUAAACCACAAAUGCUUUGUGAAAGCCUUCACACUGCGCUUUCACACAAAAAUGCCAAAAUGUCACAAUCUUCAAACUUUACGGAUACAACACACCGUUAAGAGUUUUUGCCAUGUGUGAUGAAGGUCACCUGCAAAAGUCAAAACAGGAUUUUCAAAAUAAAAUACGUUUCGUAAGACCUACGUGGAAAAAAAAGUCUGUUAAAGAUGCCUUUGAAAAGACAGCUGAGCAAUGCGUCUGAGAAUAAUCUUCCUCUGUGGACAUCUAUGACUUCAGACCACAGAGAGGGAAUUUAUUUCAGAACAUUAAUCCCACAAGAAAAUUGCAAAUCCUAAAUCCUGUGAGACAAACACAACUGUACAAGGAGAGAAAGGAGAAGCACUCCUCUCAUUCUGCAUCCCAGUCUCUCCUUUGAGCCUCAAGUUAGUGGUGGCUGGGUUUGCAGCAGGCAGUAUAUGAAGCAGAAGACCACAUUCGGUACUUUGAUGAUGGUAAACGUCCUAUCCGGGCCUGACCUUUGACCCCUUCCCCUCCCUGAGAAGGACACAGUUCCCCUGCCAUGUAAAAAAAGUGAAGUUAAAAAGUGCGCGGAAUGAGACGAAACGUUUUUAAAACAGCACUGGGUGAAGAAGGGGUGUGAGCUGGUGGGUGUCGCUGGUGAUGUCACACCUCCCAGACAGCCAGGAUUGGACCCUAAUUAGAAAGCUCGGCAGCAAAUAGAUAGGCGUCCUGCAUGAUUGAAUUCAAAGUGGCUGAUGCCAAAAUUUCUGCAGAGGCGCGGCAAAAACUGGCUGAGAGGAGCGAAGCAGCCGGGAUCAGUGCUGCUGAGAGCUGCCACGCUGCGCUGCGAACACAGUCUCUCUAUGAGCUGGAGGCGAGCUGGAGUUUCUGAGGUGAUACAGGAACAGCGAGACGCGAAGCCCCUCUCCCUGGUUUGAAGGGAUAAAAAAGAAGAAUAGCCGAAAAUAUAGUCCGAGUGUUCGUCAAAGCCGAGGACGCAGCGCUAUCAGAGAGCAACGGAGGCUGACGCCAGACAAGUACAAAGGAGAAUUGAGCCGCCGAGUUCAAGUUAUCCCUGCGCCUCGCUCCAAAGGUCUGCGCUGAUGGCAUCCGUACUUGGAAACAACAGCCGCGCGUCGGGGGCUCAGGGCAGCCAGGUGAAAUGCAAGCUGAGAAGGAGGAGGAGGAGGCGAUCCAAGAGAAAAGAGAAAGUCAGUAUGCUGUCGGCAUUGAUUGCUCCCUUCAAGUACAUAAGCCCUGGGACCAGCAGCACAGAGGACGAGGACAGUUUAAGCACUAGCAGUGCAGAGGUGAAGGAAAACCGCAAUAUUGGUAACUUAGAGGAUCGCUCCAUAGGGCCCGGGGAGUGUCAGUCAACAAGAAGCGGGAGCUCUGGUCUGAAGAGGAAACGGCCACUGGAGGAAGACAAUAACGGGCACCUGUGUCAACUCCGUCUGAUCUAUAAGAAACUGUCCUGGUCUGAGGCUCCAAAGAACGCGCUGGUACAGCUGAAUGAGCUGCGGCCCGGCCUGCAGUACCGGAUGGUGUCUCAGACGGGCCCCGUCCAUGCUCCUGUCUUCUCCAUCGCUGUGGAAGUCAACGGGCUGACCUUUGAGGGCACAGGCCCCACGAAGAAGAAAGCCAAGAUGAGGGCCGCAGAGCUGGCCCUCAAGUCCUUCAUCCAGUUCCCCAAUGCUCCUCAGGCCCACCUAGCCAUGGGAAACAUUUCAAACCCUUCAGCCGACUUCACCUCAGACCAGGCCGACUUUCCCGACACGCUCUUUAAGGAGUUUGAGUCUUCGUCGUGCUCCGACCGCCUCUCGCUCUGCAACUCGGAAACCGAAAGCGAGUUACUUUCCAGCGAGCUGCUCAGACACGGGCGGUUGCUGCGCCACACCUUGGACCUGAUGGUGCAGGCGCAGCAGAGGCUCGGUGGAAUUGUCCAAGAGCCCGAGGCCCCUAAGAGCCCCGUGGCUGUGCUCAAUGAGCUGCGGCCGGGCUUGCGCUACGCCUGUCUUUCGGAGCGAGCCGAAGGCCGACGACUGCGCAGCUUUGUGAUGGCUGUGCGCGUGGACGGGCGGAUUUUCGAGGGCUAUGGCCGCAGCAAGAAGCUGGCCAAGAAUCAGGCAGCCCAGUGUGCUCUUCAGGCCCUCUUCAACAUCAGGACGGCACCCGAGGGGAGAACAGGUCUCAAAGCCAGCAGGCAGAGUUGUCCUCAUUUACCCCAGGACUUUGCUGAUUCAAUAUUCCACUUGGUGAGGGAGAAGUACCGGUCGCUGGUGGGCGGCUGCAGUCCUGCGCACGCUCGGCACAAAUCCCUGGCAGGCAUCGUAAUGACCCGAGGUCUGGACCUGAGACACGCCCAGGUGGUGGCGUUAUCUACUGGCACCAAGUGCAUCAACGGAGAGUAUCUGAGUGAUCAGGGACAAGUAGUCAAUGACUGUCACGCUGAAGUCACAGCCCGACGAGCCUUGCUACGCUUCCUCUACUCCCAACUUGAACUCUUCGUGAGUAAAAGGCCGGAGGACUGGGAGGAGUCGAUAUUUGUGCACCACAAAGAGUGCGGCUACAGGUUGAGAGACAACAUCCAUUUCCACAUGUACAUCAGCACCUCGCCGUGUGGAGACGGGAGGCUCAACUCUCCAUACGAAAUCACUGCUGACCUGCACAGCAGCAGACACUUAAUGAGGAAGCAUCGGAGUCACCUGCGGACUAAAAUCGAGUCGGGCGAGGGGACGGUGCCGGUGCGUUGCCGGGGACCCGCCCAGACCUGGGACGGUGUCCUUCAGGGUGAACAUCUCAUCACCAUGUCCUGCACAGACAAGCUCACAAGAUGGAACAUCCUGGGCCUGCAGGGGGCAUUGCUGAGCCAUUUUGUGGAACCAGUGUACCUGCAUAGCAUGACCGUUGGCAGCCUGCGUCACACGGGCCAUCUGGGCAGAGUUCUGAACCAGCGUCAGGAGCGCCUGGGCCCACUGCCUGCCACAUACAGACGCAACCAGCCCCUGCUCAGCGGCUUGAGCAGUGCCGAUUAUCAGCAGCCGGGGAAGGCGUCAUGUGUGUGCGUCAACUGGACGUUGGGUGACGCACAGUUGGAGGUGGUCAACACCGCAACCGGACGGAGACGAGACUCAGGGACACCCUCGCGUCUCUGCAAGCACGCCCUGUUCACCCGCUGGAACAGACUGUACCGCAAGUUGGGGAUCCACGCGUCCAGCUCGGCGGACCGCCAACUCAUGUACGGCGAGGCCAAGAUGGCGGCGCGCCCUUACCAGACAGCGAAGCAGCAGUGGUUCAGGUCUCUGCAGGAAAUGGGCCUCGGCACCUGGGUCAAAAAACCCCCAGAGCAGGAGCAGUUCCUGCUGUCGGACUGAGUGAGAGAGAGUGUGUGUGUGAGGGUGUGUUUGUUUAACCAUCUCUUUUUUUUUGGGUCCAAUGAGUCUAUGUUUCACAACCCAGUUUAACCUCUAAACUCAAGGCUGUCAGCCCAGCAUGUGUGUGUGUGUCUGCAUUUCAUUCUCCACGUACACCCAGGACGACAGGCGGAAGGUUAACUGGACGGCUGAAAAGAAACGGGACACGAGGGUGGACUUGGUGUUCUUUAAGCACACAAACACACGAGUUUAAGCAAACACCCACCUAAA